ACUAGCUUACUUUGUGAGACUUUUCAAAUUUCACUCUAAUACAAUACUGAGAUGUGUGAAAAUAACUCAGAUUUAAGAUCAGGUCAGUGGCUGUAGUUCUGAUCUAGAAAAGACUCAUUAAAUGAUUGUGCACUAAAUAGAAAGUGAAAGACUUAAAUGGAAAGAAAGGGUCUUUUUUUUUUUCUUUCCAUCAAACCGCUUUCAUUUCUAAACCGAUGCUUUCUUUCUGUCCCCACCACCGCAAACACUGACCCCGAAACGCGGCUGCUUCAUCAGCACCAACUCUUUCCUGGGUCAGACGGAGGAAAGAACCACCAUCGCCUACACAUCUAGUGGGGCCCAUGGAAACCAACAACCUGUUUUUUGUUAAGAGGACCGAGUCUCAAAAUGGCAUUGAAAAAAUAAGGCUGGUCAUAUUUAGAGCUAGUAAUGAAUAAAUAAUGGGGUUUGUUAAACUGAACUCCAUGUCUGCACUGUAAGUCUGUAUAAAAAAAAAAAACAAGACAUUGUAAGUUACAUAAUAAUGUUUCACAAAGCAGACACUUUGGAAAAUGAAACUUGUUCAAAUGAAACAAAAUAUUUCCAUCUUAUUUUUUGUUGCUAAGCUAGAGUUGGCGUGGUAGGUUGCCAUGGAUUCUGACCAGCUUGUUUUGUCACCUUCAAUCUGGGUGUUCAAAUUAUAAAUUAUUUUAAAGCAAAAAGUCUUCUUGAAUUAACACCACUUGGUUGAAAUGUGGCCACUAAUUCAUACAAUGCUGCAAUGGGGGGUUGCUGCCAGUCCCCUUCACAGUUUGGUACUUUAUAGUUUUGAUUCUUUGUACCAGAUUUGUUUUUGGGUGUGAAGUGGAGCCAGCCUGUGUAAUUGCUUGUUGGUGUCCUGAGGCUUUUCCUGCCCGUCUGCCUCAGAGAUCCAAUACCUCCCAGCAACACUUUCACUUUUGCCUUUUUGACUUCUUAGGAAUCGUCUUCUCUAAACGUAUUUGCCAUGUUACUGAAGUUUGAAGCCUCCAGCAUUUCAACUACCAUGCUGGAGUUGAAAUGCUCUGUUUAAUGCUCUGUUUUGCAAUAUCGAUGUCCAGAUGAAUCCUGAAAACCAAAAAUUAGAUUAAUCUAUGAAAUCUAUUUAUCGUCCAGCCCUAAUUUAUACCCUUUUAAUUGUGAUGAUUAUCUUUUGGUCUUUGCGGUUGGAAGGCUUCUUUCCCAUCACCCUAAACUUUAGCUUCCCCACAGAUUCAUCAUCAGAUUCAGGUCGGGGACUUUGACUGGACUCCUCCAAAAUGUUAAUAUAACCUCCAGUCAAAAGAAGCCUGUUAGUAAAAUCUCAAUCACAACUAUGGUCAUACCUGCAACUUUCAACAUGUUUUACACGAGUGGCAGCAACUCUGCACAUCAAACUCCUGGCGCCGACUUCAGGGAGCACGCUUGUUGAGCUUCAGUCAAAAUCUUACUUUAGUGCAAAGAGAAUCCACCUUUAUAGAAAGUAAGUUCAACUUAAACACCUGGUCAGCAUUAUCCAUUCACUCAUAGGGUGCUCUAUUAACUCGUUUCGUAACCGCAGUCCGCCCCUAGCAUCUGGAUUCACAGGAGCACUUACUCAGCCCGGCCGCCUCGCUCGUGACAGUCGGUAUUCGUUUUGUGCUGAGAUAGCUGCUUCUUACUGCGGCCCCUUCUCUCUUGCCUGAGUGUCAAACGGGACGACUCUGGUGCACGCAGGGACUCGCCGAGAUGCUCACAGCCCAGAGUCCAUGCAUAACAACUAAGCCUUUUGUCCCCUCUGUGCCCGUCUACCACCACCACCAUCUCUCCCUGUCCACCCACACAGCGCACAUAAUGUUGCGGAGAAAGAGCCCCUUUAUCUUCUGCCUUCCACCGACACACAUCAGUCCCAUAUUUCAGGCCUGGUCUCCAAAAAGACAACAGCUUAAACAGGCUGAUGCGACAAUAUGUCCACAGUGACUCGGCACCCACCCACACAGAGCUUUGACAUUGAGAUGUGAGCAGUCGCACACUUCGAGCAUCAUAUUUUUUGUUGAUAAACAACAUACAAAGGUUUUUUUCGUUUUUUUUCCCCUAGGGAUGUGACUUACCAAGUUAACUGCUUAUUAUUAUUCUCUCUCUCUAUGCUUAAGUGAGUGCUGAGCUGAAGCAGGGAGUAGAUAGAAGGGGUUGGACAGAGGCUUGCCAAAUCAGAUGAGUGAGCAUUUGGGAGGAGAGAGCUCGGAAAGUGAAAAAGGAGCCGACUGCAAAGGAAAAAGGGGGGAGAAAAAAAAGAGAGAGCAAGCGACGGCGCGGAGGAAGUAUGACAGAGAGAGAGAGAGAGAGACAGUGUUACAGGAAAAAAAAAAGAGGCCAAAGGAGAGCAAAAAAAAAGACGACGAGAGAGUGGGUGAGGCUGAUAUAAAAGGAUAAAAGGGCGGGCUGUGGUUAGUGUCACAUGAUCUGCUUGCUGGUUGGUGCCUGGUGAGCUCCAGGUGGCAGCGAGACCACAGUAGAUGCAAAACGAAGGAAGGAGAAAUACAACCACCCUCUCCCUCCUCACAAAUCGCUCCUUCCACUCUUUUCUUUUUUUUCUUUUUCUCUCUUCCUCUCUCUCUCUCGCUCUCUCUCUCUCUGUGUGUCCCGAAGGAAUUCUCCCCUAUCCCGGUCGCCCCCUCUCCUCCUUCUCCGCUCCCGGCCCGACGAGGCCGGGGAAUGUCCCGGCGGCGAGAUGCCUUAUGUGGACCGACAGAACCGCAUUUGUGGUUUCCUGGACAUCGAGGAGAACGAGAACAGCGGCAAGUUCCUGCGACGCUACUUCAUCCUGGACACACAGCAGGGGAGCCUGGUGUGGUUCAUGGAUAACCCUCAGAACCUGCCCAUCGGUACAGACUGUGUUGGUUCACUCAAGCUCACCUACAUCUCUAAGGUCAGUGAUGCCACCAAGCAGAGGCCCAAAGCAGAGUUUUGCUUUGUCAUCAAUGCUGGGAUGAGGAAGUUCUUCCUUCAGGCCAAUGAUCAGCAGGACCUUGUAGACUGGGUCAUCGCUCUCAAUAAAGCCACCAAGAUCACCGUGCCAAAGUCGUCAGAAAGCCACCAGAAUUCAGAAAACCAGAAAGUUUUGCCAGACGUCGUCGGGCCCAAGAAGCAAGUUUCCUACAGGACGGACAUAAUCGGUGGAGUUCCCAUCAUAACCCAAACCCAGCAUGAAGGCGGUGACGGUGCGAACAGAUCGGAGCGCGAGGCGCUGCAGCGCUCCCACGGUCAGCUGCCGUACUUCCUGGGCAGGCCAGCUCAAGAACAGAGUGUCAUCAAGUCAGGCUACUGUGUGAAGCAAGGAGCCGUGAUGAGGAACUGGAAGCGUCGCUACUUCCUCCUUGAGGAAAACGCUAUGAGCUACUUCAAGUCAGAUUUGGAGAAAGAGCCUCUGAGGAUGAUCCCACUAAAGGAGGUUCACAAGGUCCAGGAGUGCAAACAGAGUGACAUCAUGAUGAGAGAUAAUCUCUUUGAAGUCGUCACCACAUCGAGGACGUUUUAUAUCCAGGCGGACAGCCCAGUGGAGAUGCACAGUUGGAUAAAGGCCAUCUCAGGGGCCAUAGUAGCUCAGCGGGGACCUGGGAGGUCGGCUGCCACAAUGCGGCAGGCCAGACGGCUGUCGAACCCCUGUAUACAGAGGUAUACAUCUCGAAUCGGGGAGUGCAGCGGCACUCUGCUGCAGCUGUGUACCUGUCUUAGAUGUGUGACAUCCUGCUUGUCUCUCCUCUUCCCUCCUGUCCGCUGCCUGAACACGGCAACCGUCCCACGUUCUACCGCAGCCCAGCGGCUGCCGCCGUCCCUCGCGCGCCCGUACCUGCCGUGCCACCAUGCAACCCAGAGCGGGGCGAUGCUCUCGCUUCCGGCGCACGCCCGCAGCCUGGCGUGGGACAGCGAGCACUUCAUGAGCCUGCUGCCACGCCCCGUUCACAGCCACCCGCCAGCACGCCUGUCCCUGCAGGAGACGCGCCUCGCAAAGUGACCUCCCAGCCGCCCGCCAGCAUCACCGUGGCGAGCUCCGAGGAGUCGCCGUGGAGACGUCGGAGCAGCUUCGAGCCCCAGGCGCCUCAGACACAUCUGGACAUUGACGACACGGAUCUGCCAGUGAGUGAGGUCUGACCGACUCUGAGCUGGACUUGAAAGCCUUCUCCCCUCCGCCCGUCGGAUAAACAGGACAUACCGUGAACCCAGGCUUUGGUUUGCUAAACCAAGCUGCAACACAAACUCAUCGUCGGAGCGCUUCCAUCGACACCGCCGACCCGCACUCGUCUGCCAAAGACGACCCAGCGCUCACCCAAACUCCUGGACUCUUGAUGGGGUCUGAGCCAAGCUACACGUUUGACUUGUUCUGAAUGAAAUUCAGCGUCAGAGCUUUAUUUUAACACACGUAGGCACAGAGAUUUUUUUUUUUUUUUUUUAAUAAACUACUUUGUGCCAACUAAAUAAGGGAGCUUUGAACAAUACAAGCUUUUCCCCUCAGUGUCUGAAAAGGGUUUUUAAACUUUAGAGUUGCUUUUUGUUGUUGUUUUUAAAUCCACUAAUGCUAGACUCCCCGGUUCAUUCACACACUAAACAAAGUGACACUGGAUAAAACGGUAAGAAGUUAAUGUUUGUAGCCAAAUGUAUUCUUGCUUGAAAAUCUUCCACUGACCUUUGUUUUCAAGUGUCUCUUAAGUUUAGUCUGCAUUUAUAGCUACGUACAUCUUAAUGUGUAAAGCUGCCACUUGUUCUUUCUCCCACCUCUAGUGGGUUCUCUAUUUGGUUUAUAGAGAACCAAAUCAGAGGCUGAAUCAGCUUCUUCUUCAGACUACAUUUUCGUACGCCUUGCUUUGUGUGCUUUGCUGCAUUUUUAAGUGAAAAAGUGUUGAACUCGUGUGCAUUUUGACUAAACGGUGAGUCACCCCACACCUCAACCUCACAGAAAACAUAAAAACACUGAAAUUAGUCACUCGCUUCAUUUGCAUGCAAAUAUCUCAACGACUCUUCAGGUGAUCUUUGUUUGUGUUUGUUGUUUAUUUACAGACCCGUUUGUUGUUGUGACUUGGCAGAUUUGUUUUAAAUGCUUUUAGAUUUGAGUUUUCUUUUCUUGUACAGAUGUACCUUCAGUAUAAUUCUAAGCAGCUACCUGACGGUGUUAUUGAAAAAAAAAAAAAUCCUCACAAACAAACAACUCACUGUAAUCCUACUAGACAAUGCACACUCAUCUUUAUUUUUCUUUUAAGUGCCUGUCUUACUUCAGUUUACUAGACUCAAGCUAUUUCACUCCCAUUUCAGUCUGGUGUUUGAAUUGUUUCUAUUUAUUAAGUGGAUGACUUGAAAGAAAUAAACACUGAAAAUGUGCUGCC